AUGAAGGUAACAAGCAUCCUUCUUCUCUGUGCCUUGGCCCUGCUGGGAUUCUCUGGCAACACGAGAGCUGACACGCCGGGAAGAGAGGCUAACUGUAACACUCAAGUAAUUGGAUGUACUAGGAUCUAUAAUCCUGUCUGUGGGACGGAUGGAAAAACCUAUUCUAAUGAAUGCAUGUUAUGUGUUGAAAAUGAGAAGCGCCAGAUCCCUGUCCUCAUUAAAAAAUCUGGGCCUUGCUGAGAAUCAAGGUUCUAAAAUCCCAUGUGGUCACUUCAAUGCCUAGCUGGCCUGACUGUUGAAUAAAAUGCAUCUAAAUACUU